UCUAGAUUCCUGAUAUUCUAUAAAUGAGGUUCCACUGUUCUCGUUUUGUGGGAACCGACUCCGAAACUUCGGCUUCUGAGCAUCACUUUCUGUUUCGAAAAUUUUUUUUCUAUAGCACAUCAAAAAUUUCUACUACCAAAUCAAAUUCUUCUAUUAGCCUCUUCUAUUUACCCAAACAUUUAUUCGCGCCAGUUGGCCUAUUAUUUUUCUGUCAACAUGCUACUAAAAAUAUUUAACACAUUCAAUCGUUCCUCUGCGGUGCGGCCUAGCACCUCUACCCCCCCUUCCCAUUUACGAAUCAACUUUGUUUUCGUCUUCUCAUUACAAAAUAAAUUUAUUUCUAAUACCUCCCAUCAUUUUUACCAACAAUUUUUUUCUAAA